UUAGAUUUACAUUUUGAUAUUUUAAUACUUAUCUGCGAACAACUUGAUAACUUCGAUGAUAAGAAAAACUUUGCCAAGACACAUCCAAAACUAUGGGAGGUGUUUGUUUAUCAGAGCCGAAAGGAAGUUCAAAGUGCAAUUCGCUUUAACAGCAGUGGAAAGUAUGUUGGACUUUGGGACUUUUAUUUAGAGUGGUGGGGUCCAAGUAUUACCUCAAUCGAGAGUAUCGGUAAUAAUGUUGACUCAGGAGAACUGAUGGAAAUUGCUGCUAAAUAUUGCCACAAUUUAGAACACAUAAUGUUCACGCUAAAAGAUGACAGUAUUAAAAAACUUAAAGAUAAUUUGUCAAAACUGAGAAUGGUCAAGGAAAUUGAAGUGUUUCAAGCACGUGAUCGAUUGAAGCCAACUUUCAAUAUGCUUAUUAAAGCAUUGAGCAACUUAAAAAGUCUACGUUGUCUACACAUGACUUAUGUUUAUUUGGAUAGGAAUGAAAUCACACUUUUGAGCAAAUUGAAUCAAUUAGAGGAAUUGAGAAUUAAUUCUAUUAAAGUGGAUAAUAUGAAUGAUCUAUUCCUUUUGCUUGGACAUCUUCGUAUAUUACGAAUAUAUAAUACUAAUAUCACGUUGGACAGCCCAUAUAAUGGUCAACUACAAGUUCUUGACAUAAAUUGCUUAUCUGUGAGCGAAAGGACAAUCGUACACUUAGCUAAACUUCACACUCUCAAACAGCUGUUCUGUAAAAGAAUUUUACCAUGUUCAAUUAAUGUACUUGUCAAAAUGUCAUUGGAGCAAAUUUAUACAAAAUCUAUUGACCAUAUUGAUAUAUUGCGAUUGGUGAAAGAAUGCUCUUCAUUAAAUGCUCUUGGUUGUUAUGGUUAUGGCAUGGAUAAGGAAUUUCUACGUACACUUUUGGAUUUAGUGGAGGCGAGAGGCUUUCAGCCUGAGCGGCCUUUCUGCCUAAGUAUCGAGGUUUUUGAAAUCAAAUCAAAGUUAAUAACUCAACUUGUAUCUUUCCCGAAUUCAAAACUAUUAAAAAUUGCUUAAAAAUUACAACGACUAUUAUGCGAUAGUUUAAUUGGAAAACUAGUACACUAUUAUUCGCCGAUGUUAUUGUAUAUUAAAAAAAUUAUAAGUCCGUUUUGUCAAAGAUGAUUAAUGCCAAUGUAUUCAAUAAGUUUCUAAAUGGAUAUUAUCGAA